CGGCUGGAUUGACGCCUACGUAUUGGUGCCUAUAAGGGUUACGAACUUAUGCAAAUUAGUUCAGGAGGACUACUUCCGGGUCAACUUGCUUGGAUUGCUUGACCUCUGUCAACAACAUGAAACACGGUUUCGGAAAAAUUGUAAUUGUAUCUUCAACAUUGGGCGUAAAUUGUGGCUUUAUCAGCGUAGAACAACAGGAUCUAAACAUUUGAACUGGAUUUGGGGAAGUUUAGAGACCUGUGUGGCGAAGUAAAGAUAUGUUGUGUCUAGAUAAAAGCGGUCGCACCGUGUGAGCUGUCCGGAGCAACUGAGAUGGCAACAGUAAGGAACUGGGAGUAGAGUGACCUACCCAAUUGUUUUGAUCUGACCCCAAUGUUUUGAUACGACCUCAAUGCCAAUCAUGAAGUCCGAUGGAUCGGGAGACGGUCGGAGUCGCUCCCACUUCCACCGGAGCUUCCCGAACAGUUACCACGCCCAUGUUGAAGACGUCAAAACUCAAAGUGAGGACUGCCUCAUGGCAAUGAACGCGCUCUGCAGGUCAAGCACGCUCCUUGCCGAGACCUUUGUAACCCUCUUCCAGGACACGCCCUUCGUGGAACUUGCGCUGAGGGUCAAGCAAGCGUCCCAAGACCUGGCUGCCAGGACGCUUAAUGCUAGUGAACACAUUCAGGAGGAUGGUAUCGCCAUGGUUACAAGACUGAUUGGGCGUGACUCAAAGGAAAAGUCAGAUGAGGGAAUUCAGGUCUUAGCGAGAUGUUUUCUCCUGAUGUUACAGACCCAGUGUCAUUUCUUUCGAUCAGCGACUGAUGCCUUCACCCCAAUGGGUUGCUAUGAAGAGGUGGAAGACGUCUUAAUCGGAGAACAAUGCGAAGAUGGGGUCAGGGAGGCGUGCAGUUCAUGGAUCGCUGCCUCACAGGCGACAAAAUCUCUUCGGAAGGGCUAUUCUUUGACGAACAAUGAGAGACAGCUUUUGCAGGAUGCUCAAUCACAUCAGGGUCAGCAGGUUGACCUCAAGAUGUCAGAGGUCGGACAAAAGCUUGACCUCCAACUAUCGGUGUACAAACAGGAUUUGUCUGAGCUUCCAAAGACGGAAUUGUGUCUGAGUGGCGGCUUCCAUCUUCACCCACAAUGCACCUCGCUCCUCAUGCAAGGUUGCUGUGGCAACAAAGAAUCACAAGAAAUCAACACCUACCAAUCAAAUAAACUCUUGCAUCAGACUGUGGCUGCAGCUGGAGAAACCGGCCAAUCACAGCGGCUGUCUGUUAGUGAGCAGAGGGCUACAUUGCAGGCUGACCUUCAGGAUGUGUCACUGCAGGUUGAGGGGUCAAUGUGUCAAAGGUCGCCAAAUCAUGAAGAAAACUUUCAGGCUAAACUGCAAGCGGUAGAAGCCUUAGUGAAGGAGACAUCUAGACAGUUAGGUGUACCCAUUAAUCAGGAGCAGGUAUCUCUGAACCUCCUAUGUGAGGUGUGUCCAUCGGUAGCAGUAGGGCAGAGCAGGCUGGCUGUACAGCUACUGUUUGGCAGGGAAGACCUGGUCGACAUUAAAGCCUCGAAUCUCCAUGGAAACCUACAAAAGUAUGCCCAGAUUUCAUCUCAUGAUGGUGGUUUCGUCGUGGAAGUGCCGACUGUUUGGAUUUUGGAUCAGUGCCUGUGGGGCAAAGCAGCGACUGGUCAGGAGACUAGACUUGGUACUGUGGAGGUUGUUUACCUUAGAAGAAUUGAGCUGAGUGCUCUACUAGACGGGAGGAAACCAUCCUUGCCUUUGAUUAAAGUCAAGCUCCGACAGACAGAGCAAGUCUCCUCCUUCCCCACCCUCAAGGGGAGUAGCAAACCGGUGGACAGUACCCCCGGGUCCCCCCAGGGUAAGUUCUUCCGACAUACCAUGGAGAAACUGGCAUCAAAGUUUGGUCUCGGCUCAGGUCAAUUGAGCAAAGCCCCGAGUAGUGAAUUCUACGUGCCCAUGGAUCUGGAUCAGGAUGCUGAAUCGACCAAUCACAGAUCAGAUGACUCAAGCAGUGGCCAAUCAGGAAUGAGUCAGGAGGCUCCCAAUCAGCAUAAAACUCCAGUUGGCAGCAGUACUCCUAAACGGGAGGUAACUAUGGAAACCAUUGGCAUAGCAAGCCAGCGCCCAACCAUGAUCAGCCCGACAGUCACUAUCACAUCACACCCUAGCCCAACGGAGGAACACGCUCCAUGGAAUAAGAAUGUCAUCAACUUCAAAGGACCUGUUUUGAAACGGAAGGGUUUCGCAUCAGAUGCUGAGAUCCAAGACGUUGUUGAUAUGCUGUCUGGAAUCACCAGGCCCUCCCAGACCGUUAUCGGACAACAUCUCGACACCUUCUCACAAGGAUCACCUCGGAACACCACUCCAACACCCGGCACAAACAGCGGGAACACCCAAAGCAACGUCAGAGGAAACUGGGGUAAUAUCGACCCCAACCCAGCCAAAUACGGCAAUUUUAACCCCACUUUUCAGGAAGCUGAAGCUCAAGAUAGAAUCACCGAGAUCCCGACCACGAUGAUCUCACGAUCCUGGACGUCCCAGCCACAGCAGCUGAAUCAACUUGCUCGACAACCUCCCAUCCAAGGAGUCCGUCCUUUCUCAACCAGAAAUGCAGAGAGGGACAUCGUAUCAAUGUAUGAUAACUCCAGUACGGAUGCCGAGUUCGCCCAGUACAUCGCUACGAAUUUCCUAGGGAAGCGAACGAAGGGGUACGCUAAGGACCUUGAUAUGGCGGAGAACCAGGGUCAGUGGGUGUAUCCGGACAGUAGACUGAAUAGAACGUGGCCAUUACCCCCAGAGGGUAAUCCUGAAGGGGUGCCUGAUCAUCUGAGCCACAGUUUCUCUGGACAACAUGAUUCAGGAAGUUCCAGUGAUGAGUCUGCAGAGAAUGGAGAUAUUGCGUUUGCUACGGGGCUUGGACUGACUGGACCCAACUUUGUUGCCUCGGUAAACAGAAGGAGACACAGUAGUGGAGGAGAGGAGGUGAUUCAUGGGCGUGGUUUUGAUCCCAGUGCUCAGAUAGCAAUGAAGUACCUAGAGGUAGCUCAAAUGGAACUAAAGGGGUCAACAAAGACAUGGCCACCCAAGGUGUUAUGGCAACGCCCCGUCACUCCUAAUGACGGUGCUUCCCCAACCCCUGGCCCGUACCCCCUCCCAGCCCAAGAACAACUCCACGUCCAUGCACCCCUAACACCACAAUGGAGUGAUCCAGUGACUCUACGACAGUCAUCAAUGUGGCCCCCUACUGGAGGAUCAAUGCCAGUGUCACCAGCUGGGUCUAUGACAAGACUAGCGCAGUCGCAGCCGGUCCUAGCGCAGUCACAGCCGGUGUUACGGGGUGGUGGCGCCAUGGGUGGGAUACAGGGAGGGGAACACCCGAGGGGACACCCUAAGCUGGAUCGUAAAUAUGCUUACAGUCAGUACUAAACGUUUUAAAUCUUUGUUCGUACUUUGUUAAGAUUCACACACAGAAUCUUUCAGCCUUAAAGACGCCAUGUUCCUUAACCUUCCUAAUUCAGAAUUGUCGUUACCAAGCAACGAUUCAGCCAAAAGUCCAUGCUUUGAAAAAUCACAUGCAUUAAGUGCAUUAUGUACGUCAAGAAUUUACUCAAACAAACAAAUUAUGAUUUUUGACACAUCUGUUGCUUCGUAAAAAACUGACAUUUGAAAUACUAAAUAAAAACAUGCAGAUAAGCACAUGCUUUCUGUUUUGUAAACAAACAGGCAGUCUUAAAAUAAAUGUUCACAUCAAUUUCAGGGAAAGAAAUUCCUGUUUUAGCUAUGAUUAAUUUUCAUGAGAGACACCUUUUCUUGAAUUGAUGAUUUUUCUGUUUUAUUCUUGAUAGUUAUGAACAAAAAUUCAAAAAUGUAUUUGAAUGAAAUGUGUUUUAAAAAGCCUUGACAUUUUUAACAGCUACACAGUUUCUGAACAUUUGUAAUGGCUUUAUGCAAAUUUGUUUAUUUUUGUUAGUUUCUUUCUCUAUCAGUUCCUGAUUCAACAUAAACACAUAAAUGAAUGAUUAAGAAAAUUAAAUUGUAGUCGAUUCAAAAUAAAAUGAUGUUAUGCCAGCAUUAUGGUAAAAAGUGCCAAGUUCAUAAUUAACUUUAAAUGACAAGAAACUUGGGCCUGGUGCUCUUCGUACUUGCAGACGUUUGUACUAAAAAGAAAGAAAAAUACUAAGUACAUGUAAAUAAAGUUACAUUCAAUGAAAUUACUAACACUGAGAUGGCUCUGUAUAAACUCUUGCUUGAUUUUUGCUGUACUUUAGUCAGGACUGACGGCUUGCCACAUUCCUAAACAGUUACUAGCAAUUUCAUUAUUAGCUUAUUUUCUGACUCGUCAGCGAAGAUUUCUUUGCUUAAAAAAUAAUCUUGACUUGAAAUUUCAGUAAAGUUUGUUGACUACUUUAUGUUAAUUUCUUGCUUGUAAUUUGCAAACUGAGCAUGGCAUUUCAUAUGAUUUUACAGAUAUACUUUGAACAGGGUGCAGUCUACCUAUACUACCCCAAAGAAGGUACAAUAUCUUGUUGGACACACUUAAGAUUUUUCAGACUAAAGCCGUGUUCUUAUUGGUGGGAAGACAUGGCAGAAUUACACGAAAGCCAGUCCUGGUAACUUUCCGCAUGGCAGAGGGAGAAAAAGGCCAAUGGGAACAAAGCUUAAGAACAGUUUUAGAAUCUCACAUUGUUUGAGACAAACAUUUGGGAAGUAAAUUAAAAGACAAUUAAGUCCCAUUCACAUUUUCUUUCCCGAUGUGAACGGCUCAAAGUCCAGCAACAAAUGUCUGUCAACAAAGUCCUGAACUACAAAAAUACAGGGAACCAUCUACAAGCGCAAGAUGUCUCCUGACAUCUUGGCCGGUAACCAGUUAGUCCUGUUACCUUUUUUAAAUGUUGAGCAACUUUAUCUUGCCAGAAAUACAGUAUGUCUCAUAGCAUUCUUUAGUCAGGGGAAUCAAAAUUGUGAUUUUUAUCCUGUUUGCCAUUCUCUUCGUUCAAUGAGGAUAUAUCUGGUCCAAACGGAGUACUUUGAAUGACAAUGACAAUAAUUAUACCCUAAUGGGGGUAUAAUUACCUUACUCCCCCAAAUUAUUUCUUAUUUAAAUCAUAAACAGCAUAAUUUAGUGUAAAUAUGAUUUCAGAUAUUGGAAUUUUAUGUUUUUACCUGUUCCACGUCGUGAUUCUUCUUAUUUGAUUUUGCUGCUGCAUAUAGCCUUGAUGAAAAUGGCUGCUAAUUUGUGAUUGUUAACAAAUAUUUAGAUUUUGUCUAACUAUAAGCUUUAAGAGGCUAUACUGUGAGUGGAUAUUGUAUGUUAUAUCUGUGAAGGUGAGUAUUGGAAAGACACUUUGGUGUCUCUCUUUGUUUGUAAAACGUAUAAAGUUGUGAAGUUUAUACUGAAAAUUGUAACAGUACUUUGAUUCAAAAAAGCACCUCUUAUCUUCACAUCUUCUGGCUGGUCCAGAAUUUUUCGACCCUUUUUUUGUAUAAUGAAGGAAAACAAACUUUGGUAUUUUUUUCAUGGAAUGCGAAGGUGCUGCUCACAUGACUAAAAUUACUCUUUUGGCUUUCACAAAUUUGAUUUUUUAAAAAGAGUAAAGAAUUUUCACUAAGUGAUCAAUAUUGUAAUGAAAUUCACUUAUAGGUGAUUGUUUUGGGUGCACUGGUUGAAUGCAUGUUUGUCUGUAUACCGGUGAUGGAUUUGAUUGGUACUCAUCAGGUCACAGGCAUAAUUAGUGUUAUUGUGACAGCUGGGAACCAGUUAUGUAACACUUCAUUGGUACUCCGUAUUACAGGGUCUCAUUUGCUGCAGCCAUGUUGAUCUUAUUUCCUACAUGCACUAAUAGUAAUGGUUGUUACUUUUUGUUUUAUAAAAAGGAACCAUGCUUUUUUCCCAACAAAUCUCACUGUGGUUAUAUAGACCUUUCUAUUGCAACGUCACAGCCCAAGUUUGUGCCAACCGGGCCUGGUGCCCAUGGUAGCUUACUGGAAAAUAAUCAAUACAAGGGUCUUGGAACCAGACUAUAAGAUUAUUCUAGAUCAUGAGAUUGUCACACCUUGAUCGUUAAAUGAACUGAGUUAUUUCAAUUUAACAAAUAAAAAAAUGAAAGGUGCUUUGUAAAAGAAAAGACAACAAAAAUGCUGAAAUAUAAAUUUGUUUGACUCAACAAAUUGGCAAGAAUGCUUCCUUUUGUACUGACCUCAAGAAGACAUGUUUAACUGGACUUGAAUAGAACUCUAUGAAUUUAGAGAGAAUUAUUUUGGUGGGAGACAAAUUGUAUGGAUGUUUUGUAGAGUUUGACACACACACACACACAUUUGAAAUGAAGCAGUACUAUAUUAUGAACUAGUCUUUGAACGUUUACUACUUCAAAGACGCUCACUUGCUGUGAUUUUUUGUAGAUUAUUCUCACAUAAUGCUUAUUGUGCUUUAUGGCUCGUUUUCACCAUAAAUUGGACUAUAAUGAUUAACUCUGAUUGGAACAGUCUUCUACAAAUGAAGGGAUUAUUAGUCAACAUUAGAAAAUCUAAUGGUUUUGUCACAUGAGGCAAAAUGCCAUUUUGAAGUUAGAUUUGAAGAAUUUAUGCAAUGACUUGCUUAGACACAAGUUUUGUAGAUUUUAAAUUUGCUUUGGGGACAAAGAAUAUUAUUUGGUUUUAACUUACACCGAUGUGUACGUGUAAGCACUGUUUACUCAGUACUAGUCGGAAGUUACCGCUUAAAGUUGAAUCCCUCGGACUAUGGAGACAGUUGCUAUGUCACAUGAUUAGGGGCAAGCUUUUGCGUAGUUGCGUAAGAGACGUUGAACACCAAUACACCAUUCUAAAUGGAUGUGUAUAGCACAAUAAUACCAGGGCUCUCUCAUCUCAAGUUUGCUAUACAAAAGCUUGCCCAGAAAAAUGUGUCAUAGCAACUGUCUCUACAGUCUGAGGAAUUCAGAUUUAAGCGGUAAAUUGUGAUCAAGCAAUUCAUUGUAAAAGAAAAAUCGAAAAUGGAUUUAUUCAAUUUCAUUUGAAGAAUAUACUUUUCCUCAAACAAAACAGCUUUAAUUUUAAAACCUUUGACUAUGACAAUUGAACAUUUCUGAA